GAGCAGCGGAACCAGCAGGAGCGGCAGUCCCCAACUAGAGCAGCAGGAUGAGCGACUCCGAGGCGCCGAGCUCUCCACCGCCAGCCCCGGUGGAAGACCAGCCUCAGCCGGAGAGGAAGGUUAUAGCCAUGGCAGUUCAAGGCACAGUGAAAUGGUUCAACGUCCGUAACGGCUAUGGCUUCAUUAACAGGAAUGACACUAAAGAAGACGUCUUUGUUCAUCAGACUGCCAUCAAGAAGAACAAUCCUAGAAAGUUUCUCCGAAGUGUUGGAGAUGGGGAAGUCGUAGAGUUUGACGUAAUUGAAGCAACUAAAGGCUCGGAAGCGGCCAACGUUACGGGUCCGGGUGGCAUUCCGGUUAAGGGCAGCCGCUACGCUCCCAACAAACGGCGUUUCCGUCGGCGGUUCUUCCCCCGCAACCCUCGUCCUGCAGAUCAGAGUACACCGGCCGAUAACCAAGCUCCUGCACCAGAAGGGGAGCAAACGGAGGAGCCGGGGGCAACGAGGCCUCCACCCCGGAGACGUAGGCCACGCAGACCUCGACUUAGUGCCCAAAAUGGGGAAGUUGGAGAGGAAAAAGAUGGAGCUGCUGAAGGUGACCAGACACAGCAGAUGCCACAAAGGCGCAGAUUCUUCCGUCCCUACCGCAGACCCUUCCACCCUCGCCCACCUGCGGAACAGUCUCCGGCUUCAGAAGAAGGCAAGGAACAGCAGGCGGAGGUAAAACAGGUGGAGUCUCCUGAGGGUGUCCAGACCAACGGCGAGACGUCGACGGAAGACCAAGGCCAGAAAACACGCCGGCCGCCCAGACGGCGCAGGCAGAGGAACUCUGAAUCCUCAACAUCAAAAAAUGACACAGAGAAGUCUGGCUCGGAGCCUGGGACCCCUCCUCAGAGCACAAAACCAACAGGGGAGAAAUCUACACCCAAAUCGUCAAAGUCGUCUCCGAAAACCUCUCCUAAAACUUCUCCUAAAACACCAAAAUCUCCUGAGGCGGAGGUCGCCCCAGAAGUAGAAGCCCCAACAGAGUGAUUGCAGCCAGGCUUGUCUCAGCCCCCAGGGCGAAGAUGGGACCUGAUGCCAAAGAAAGUUGAGUGACCCUGGCUUCGGACAGUUUGAGAUUGCGCCGCUCGUGCAUCAUGGGACAAACGGGUGGUCUCUCGACGGACGUGGACUGGUUUAAAGUGGAAUGCUGGCAUUAAAGGGAUAAAAACAAUUUUUAUGGAGUCUUUAAGGACAUUUUUUAAGUUUAAACUUUAGUUGAAACACAAAACAUUUUUUUUUUUUUUUGUUCCUCAAACCAGGACUAAAGACCAGCCUAAUCCUCGUUCAGGAUUAGAGGCAUAUGACGUUUGGUUCUUCACCGUUUGAAAUCCCUGUGCCUCCUUUGCGUUUUUCUUGUAGGUCCUGGGGUUUGAGAGCUGGACCUCUUUCACAACAUGCACUGCUCUCCCCUCUUCUCUCUCUCUCACAGCUAUAGCGACUGGUUGGCGAGGAGUCGGCAGGUUAGAAAGGGUGAUACCGAUGAGUGUGUGUGAUUAAAAAGUUAAAAAGCUUUAAAGCGAAGGGGAAAAUGGGAAAGGACAAUCUGCUUGUUGGCUCAGUCAUUCCAACCCCUCUUAGAAGAACAUUUUCUUUAACUGACCAAAUACGGGUAGAUCAGGUAUUCAGAGGAACCAGCCUUGUUUUUUUUAUUUGGCUUUUUAAAUUUGAUUUGAGGGGAAGCCCAAGCAGGUGUGCAGCUGCUGGUUUGCAUUGGAAGUCAGUUUAGUUCUGGUACCACCUGAAUCGGUUGAAGCGUUGCGCUCCUUUCAUCUCCGGCUUUGGAUGGAUUGAUGGGGGGGAGAAAAUAACUUUAUUUCUCGAGUUUUAGGUUUCCUUUUUGUUGGAGGGGAUUAUGUGCAAUGUCAAUACCUGGAAUGCCAACUAAUAAAACAUGUUUGCCAAUAUCACAA